AUGGGCUCAGGCGGUGCCUCUGGACAGCGAGUCACAAGUCUAACUCAAUGGCGGAAAUUUGGGACCAGCAAUGCUGAAGAUUCAAUACCUGAAGAUAAGGCGCAAGCCUUGAGUUCUUUUCAUGAGAAGUUUGAAGACCGGCGUGGAUACGAAGAAGUGAAGCGAGAAAAGGAACCUCAGCCUCAAGCCGACUUGAAAGCGAACAAAAAUACUGCGCCAAAGUCUCCAAAUCCUGCCCUUGAUCAAAUGUUGCCAGAUCUGGGACAUGUUUCAACGCAGGUCCUGGUUGAUGCCCUCAUGAGAUUGCGAGCAUCGCCAUCAAGUGAAUAUGCCCCGUUUGUAAAAAACAAGUUCCAGAGAACCAUUCAUAUUGUCAAGUAUCUGCUUAAAUAUCGACAAUACCCCCUCAACCCUUUAAUCUACGAGAGCAUGAUGUCUGUUAUGGCCUAUCCAGAUGGCUCUAGCCAGGGAGUUCGCAGGUUAUUAGAAGACAUGCGCGAGCAGAGCGUUCCGCUCACUGCGGAGAUGUGCUAUCUUGCUCUCGAAGCUCUCACUGUCCACCCUGAACAUUUACUGCGACAAAAGGUUGUGCAGCUGUUCGACAAUUAUUGGUUCGAGCUUACACAUUCUGCCAAACAAAAUAUUGCUCUGGCAAUGCUUCGAGAGGGUCAGCACGAACUGGCCAUGGAUAAGCUUGACGAAUUAUUGGAUGGCCCUAACCAGGUUGACCUCUGGAUCUACGACAUUUUUAUCCUUGAACUCGGCAGAGUGGGUUUUGAAGACGAAAUGCUUCGCCUGCUCAAGAAAAGAAAACAUGCCCGGGGUACCGAUGCUCCCUUCAGAAAUAUUCAACUGAUGGCUCUGGACAUGUUCAGUCAGGUAUUCCAUUAUGCAGGAACACUCUAUUUGUGGGACGAAGUUGUCAAAACUUCAAUUCACAAUCCGUCUAAUGGUGUCCUUGAAAACAUUCUGGCGACCGCCGCGAAACACGGCGACACUGACCUGGCCAGCCAGGUUCUUGCGAAGCUAUCUAGCCGUGGAAAGCUCUCUCAACACCACCACGAUGCUGUUAUCGAGGGUUACGCCAACGCCGAGGACAUCGCCGAUGCGUUUUCCGCGUUGAACGUGUUACAAAAAUCCGGAUGGCUCGAGGACCAAGGAACCACACGGCCUCUCUACCGGGCUCUACUCAAGAACCGCGAUCUUAUUGACACUGCAGCCUCUACUAUAGAGACUAUGCAAAAGGAGUGUCUUGUACCUUUGGAUGCGGUCAUGGUCACAGUCGAGGCCAUGGCUAAAACUCGAACAUCGGAGGCUGCUAUGCCACUUUUCCGCAACGCAAACCUCCUCAGUGGCAGAAGCCCCCGGUUCAGCAAUAUUGGCCAUCUAGUCAAGCACAGCGUCAAGACGGAAACGAAGUAUGAGCUUGCAAAGAUGUGCUAUGUCGAACUAUCCAAAACCAAAAUCCCCACCGCGUCGACAACAGAAAUCGACCAGGCUGCUGCCCCCAGUGAGCCCAUAUCUGAGAAAAUUGUGUCUGAAAACGAAACCAACAUCGAAACCGCAGCUCCCAAGACAUGGUUGGAGCGUGAGAAUGCAAUGGCUGCACUCAACGUGAUAAUACCGGUCUGCGCAGAGGUAGGAGACUUUGAGCUAGCAUUUAAGCUUAUUGGCUAUGCCAAGGCUGCAGUACCGCAAUACAUCCAGCUCAGAGAUGGUGGAAGAAGGCCCGACUCAACAUUAUGGCGAUCCUCUGAGUGGGUGGAACCAUUUAUCAAGCUGGCUCUGGAUGCGGAGGAUUCUAGGGUGUGGGAUAUCAUAGACGAACUGGACCAGGGUACCGACGCGCCAGCUUUGAUGAUACACAAAGAGCUUCAAAGACGACGCAUCAAGAAGCGUGCCGGGCAGCGAGGGUCUUGGUGA